CACCAGUAUUUGCCGGGCGGUCCAAAAGAGAAGGUCUGAAAAGACAGCAAGAUUGGCGAGGCACACGCGCUCGUCUAUCUCAACGCCAAAACGGGCAUCGCUAAGAGCCAUUGCGGAAGGUGACAACGCUUCGUAAACCAACAGCGCAGUUGAUAACGGUUUGGCCUUUGCACGCUUUGGGGCUGGCGGCUGGUAAACGGCCUGCAGCUGGUUUGCAGGUUGGGGUAGGGCCAGGGCUCUAUGUUUGGCAAACUGGGCUCAGGUUUGGGUUGACGCAUGUGGAACCGAGGAGUCGACGUCCAUAACGAUACUCAACAUCAGGUACUUACUACAUGUACGUACAUAUCAUUUCCGGAACGGGAGAAUCUUCUGGAUUUCAUCCCAACCUUUUUACCCUUCUUGCCAUUCAACUCCUGCAUACGCACUCUUCGUUUAAUAUACAAAAUCAAGAUGUCAUCGAUCGACGACACAGCUGAAGUGCCUCCAUUGUUCACUUUGCCUUCUGAGCUGAUCCAUCACAUCUUGUCGUUUCUACAGUGGCAAGAUCUUCUCGCCGUCGGCCUGGCAAGUCGCGCGCUACAUGAGCACUCGCAACAAGACACACUUUAUCAUCAGAUUGUUCAAGACAACGUACCCGACUCUAUUGUGCGCAAACCGGCAAACCUAUCAUGGCGCGAACUCUUUAUACAGCACCACCCGUACUGGUUCAUCGUGAAGAAGAGAAUAUGGUUUGCCGACAAUCCCCACACGGGGAAGCUCAUCGUUGCGCGAUACGACCACCGCAUUAAUGCUAUAGAGGCAUACACUCUCAUGGCAGAACGUCGUCAACCCGCGUUUCAAACCUGGGAAUGGAACCCCGAUGCCAUCAUUCACACCUUCCACCCCCGUAUCCAACUUGAUCUGAACCAGCCGAUGGUGCGGCUGAAUCAGUAUGGGUACGAGAAUAGUGAUCGCAGUAUUCAGAAUCGACUCCAACGAGAGAUUCAGAUGCAUCUGAGCAACGAGUCAACGCGACCUUCAGCGGGUCUAUACUCAUCCAUCAUGCUCGCGAGACCAUGGCCUGCCGGCAUUACGACAGAGGCAACACCCAUAUGGCCACUGCUUACCAUCCCCAGCUCAUCACGAACCCGCACCGACUCGUCGACGCAUUUCCGCAACAUCGGGAACAGACCGUCGAGUCUGUCUGAGCUGUCCACGGGGACAUUCAGAAUGCGACGGUGGAUGGAGUUCUGGUCGCCGCGUCAACACAUAGGCUCUGUACGGGUUGGUGAGGAGAUCACAACGUGGGCAACGCUACCAGAGGAAAGCUACACCCCAACCCCGCAGAAGCCAUGGCAGGGAAUCUGGUGUGGUGACUACGCUGGACAUGGAUGUGAGUUCCUCGCGAUCAUGCAACCUGACGAGCCGCAACCGUUGCCUUUACAGGCAGAGAGAGCGAUGCGGUCGAGGGAGCGAGAGGGAAGCGUAAGUAGUGACGGAUCAUGGAGCACAGCGCCUACCGACGCCACGGAGGAGUGGGAGGACGAAUUUGGGGACGACUUCGAUCACUCUUCUGCAGAUUCAUCGUCUCUAGGGGACAGUGCCGCCACCCUUCACGCUGCAGUCAAUACCGCCGGUGAGAGGAAGGGGUUCUCACAGGACUCGUGGUCAUCCUCAAAUGACGAGACUAAGUACCGCGGACGCAUCGAAGCCGUCAAACUCACGGGCGACCCCAAUAUCCCGAGAGGCGAGUACACCUUCAUCGCACCGGACAUCGGGCCUAAUGGGCUGAUUCGAGUGGCGACCGAGGAGCUGUUCAAAGGAGCUCGCAUCGUGAAGAGCGUAGGACACAUUGCUGCCAGAGGUUUUCGAGACCAGGAUUACAUGCCGUCACAGCUUAUUCUCAUCUCGCAUGAUCGGCUGGCACAGUACUGGGAGACGUUUGGGCACGUUUCUUUUUACCAGCGGGUCAAUGUGGAGGAAUUUACUCGGAUCCCGUAA